UCAGGCAGAAGGGAAUAGUGCCCAGGGUGGACGAGAAGAAACACCACCGUGUAUAGGUCAGGUAUUUGGGGGGAUUUGCCCACCGUGCGUAAUGACGAGUGUUGCUGUAAAUAGAAGACUGGCGGCUUUCUGAGGGAAGAGGAUCGCAGUAGUUCAUCCUGAGGAGGGGGACAGGAGUUACUCAUUCCUCACUCUAACUGUGGCAUACCUGUGCGCGCACAUGUCACCAUCAAACCAGUCUCCAAAUCCAUGGAUGAGAAGGACACAAAGACAGCAGCAUGGUGGUUGUGGGAGCAAGUAACGGCAGCUUCGGGAGUGGCAACAUGAGGUCGUCCUUCAUGAUAGAAGACCGGACAGGAGGAGCUGGAGAUCCCGGAGGAAACGCGAUGAUCUCCGAGGGUCUGGGGCCGCGGCUGCUGAAGAUUGCGCAAGGCGCGGCAGAAGCGGCAGCAGCAGUAGCAACGACGUCUCCAUCCACCUCCAGUCAGCCGCUGGUGAUGGAGAUAAACGGCACGCGGUGCGGGGAGCAGAUUCUGGGCUACGGCCAAUUUGAGAAGGUGCUGAUCGGCGCGGUGCUCACCAUGCUGACGCUGAGCACCAUUUGCGGGAACAUGUUGGUGGUGAUCUCCGUUUGUUUCGUGAAAAAGCUCCGGCAGCCCUCCAACUAUCUGAUCGUUUCUCUGGCUGUGGCGGACCUGUCGGUGGCUCUGGCCGUCAUGCCGUUCGUCAGCAUCACAGAUCUGAUCGGGGGUCAGUGGAUCUUCGGGCAGUUCUUCUGUAACGUGUUCAUCGCCAUGGAUGUGAUGUGCUGCACCGCGUCCAUCAUGAGUCUGUGCGUAAUCAGCAUCGACAGGUAUCUUGGCAUCACCAAACCUCUCACGUAUCCAGUGCGUCAGACCGGCUGCUGCAUGGCUAAGAUGGUUCUGUCAGUGUGGCUGCUCUCCGCCUCCAUCACCCUCCCUCCUCUCUUCGGCUGGGCGCAGAACGUAAACGACGGACGGGUCUGUCUCAUCAGUCAGGACUUCGGAUACACCGUGUACUCCACGGCGGUGGCGUUCUACAUCCCAAUGUCCGUCAUGUUGAUCAUGUACAACCGGAUCUACAGAGCGGCCAAACUCAGCGCCGCCAAACACACCAUCACCUGUUUCCCCAGGCAGAGGGAGGCUCUCCGAGGGGGGAAACGAGGAAAAGACGGUCACCGUGUGGAUGUUUCGGAGGAAACGGGAAGCGUUAAAGCGAUGGAGAACGUGGAGGAAGAAGAAGAAGAGAGUUUUGAUUGUGUGGCGGCGGCUUUGAAGCUACAACGGGAAGUGGAAGAAGAGUGCAGCACACGGGUUUCUCGCCUCUUAAAAACUGGGGAUCGCAGGAAGAGGAAAAACCAGUCAAUUUUUAAGCGUGAGCAGAAGGCGGCGGCCACGUUGGGAAUCGUUGUCGGGGCUUUUACUUUCUGCUGGCUUCCUUUCUUCUUGGUUUCCACCGCGCGGCCUUUCAUCUGCGGCGUGGAGUGCAGCUGCGUCCCUCUGUGGCUGGAGAGGACGCUGCUGUGGCUCGGAUACGCAAACUCCCUCAUCAACCCCUUCAUUUACGCCUUCUUCAACCGCGACCUGAGGACCACCUACAGCAACCUCCUGCGGUGCCGCUACAGGAACAUCAACAGGAAGCUGUCGGCCGCCGGCAUGCACGAGGCUCUGAAGCUGGUGGAGAAACCGGAGAGCGACGCGUGAAGCUGCCGUGAAGACAACGAUAACAUAAAAAAGAAAUCAAGAUAAAGAUUGAAGCUGCCGAUCAGACGCUGCCAGGACGGUUCAUUCAAACCACAGAAACUCUUGAAAUCAACUAGAAAGAGAUGUCUUUCUGGUUCGUUAGUGUCCCCAGCCGAGUGCUCAGACUGAAGAGAGCUUUUAUACACUUUCAAUGAAUACAUAGAAUCCUUUCAUUAUACAGGUACAAUGAGACGAGUAGAGCUACUUACGGUGCCAUCAAUACAUGCUUAGUCACGAGGUAACUGACCCCUGAUCAGAGUACAAUAGAUCUACUGUCUUCACAUGUAAGGCUUAUUGUAUUAUUUAUAUAUUAAAUAACAUCAUAGCUUUGAAUUCUCUGAUAAUCAUGAUUUCCAUUACAAGCGAGAAGCAGCCAAUCAGACUCCAACAAUGACGGUUCAUUCAAACCACAUUAGUGCGAUGAUUGCUGCGGGGAGACGAGGGGUUUCAUAUUAGAUUUAUUCAGCUUUUCCGCGUGCAACGAGGCUCUCCACGUGCAGAUCGGUCAGACAAAGACCAUCCCCCUUUUCACGCCAUAUUCUUGCACAUAUUGCCAUCACCCAGUCAAAUACGUUCUUCUUAAGGGCACUUUUUAAAACGGUGGUUACUUCUGCAUCGCGUCCAUCAUGAGUCUGUGCGUUAUCAGUAUCGACAGGUGAGAUAUUAUAUUAACAGAGAAAGCCUUUUAUUCCUAACGAUAUGUCACAACAUUGACACGUCUUAUCAUCGUGAGACAAGCCAGAGAACACACCAGGGCAGAUAUAACACUUUAUAUAUUUUUAAUUGAUGAUUCAUCUAACUUUUAGGCGUGGAACGAGACUCUCCACGUGCAGAUCGGUCAGACAACGACACAUUUUGGCCGCAUCUUACUCCUAUAUUCUUCCAAAAUGGCCUUUACAGUCUAAUAAAACAUGUCGUGGAGACGCUGUAACGUUGGGUUUGUGAGGAGGAUCUCUGAGUCUUCAUUAAGUGAGACUGCUCGAUAGCAUAAUGAUAUUCACUGAGGGAAGGAAGCACACAAAGGGUAUCCAGAGAAAAGUACUAUCAUUGUGUCAUCUUUGUUUUGUGAGCAAAAUCAAAUCAAAAUGUAUUUAUAUUACACUUUUCAUACUCUUUAAAAGUUUCGUAAAGUAAUGUAUUGGUGCCAUCUGUCUACGGGCUUUACACGAUGUAUCAUUAAGAGCAUAUUAGAGAUGAGGGCUUGCAUGGAUGAAGGAAGGAUGCUUUUCUUAAACCAGUGGCUGCUGCAGAACAUUCCUGUGCAGCAUGUGACACACACAUCCACAGCUGCCUCCAAACGGAAGAGCUUUGCAUAUCGUUGGAUCUAAACACUGACUUUGUCCUCUUUGAGCACCACGAGAGGAAGCGCUCAUCUCUCUGGACAGUGUCUUCUUCUCUUUCCAGAUUAAGCCAAGGAAACAUUUAAAACAAAAAGGAGAAGGCUUGAGCACUAAAUGUAUUCUCUUAUCAUCACUGUUUUAUUUCACGAUGAACAAGUGGACAAUAAAUGAUUGAUCAGCCACGCCAAGACGUCCCUGGGAUAUAAGUUCGUAUGUCUUUGGUCAAUGUGUUGGUUGUGCCAAAACCUUUCUUUCUUUCUACUAAAGUCAUGAACUUGUUGAAUCAGAUGCUUUGUAAUCAGGCGGCUCACAUAUGAACACAUUUGAAGGAGAUGACGGGAGGUCAGAGAUGUUUGGAGGACGUCUUCAGCGUGCCUGUGCCUUUCACUGCGUUAUCGUUAAAGAGUUACUUGCAGGUCUAUUUUCCAGCACCUCACGUGUUAGACUUGACGCCAUGUGUGAGAGACACUUUGAAUGACCGACUUUUAUCCCCGUUGUAUAUUUCAUCGCGCACAACAUCAUGUGAAAAAGGAAGCUAAUGGAGGCGAUGAUCUUUAAGGGACACGAUCCCAAUCCAUGUCCAUCAAGUUGCUUAUCUCUGAAGAACGUCAGAACAUAAACUGUCGAUGAGAUUAUCUGAGACACUAAUGGGAUGUCUACAAAUGAGUUUUCUUGUCUGAACCCAAAGAUAAUCAGUUUUCAGCAAAAGGAAAAAAGACAGAUGUAGUAAUCGUUGCACUUGAGAAGCUGCUUACUGUAAAUCUGCGGGUGUUUUUAUUUGAUAAAUGACUUGAAAACACGAAGAAGUGGUGACAAAUCUUUUUCUAAAACAUUCAUGAGAUAAAAACAACGUAUUUAAUAAACUUUUACCAUUACAAAAUCUAAAGUUCAAAUGUUAAAGGUCUCCAUUUUCUUCUCUACGAUGAUAAGUGAAUAUGUAAGGCUCAAUCUGCAUUGUGUUAUUGGACUGAAUGGACUUGUUGUGUUAUGAAUCUGCUUCAUCAGGAGGGUGAGAGUAGCAGCGGGCGGGCAAAUGCUCUCUGUGUACGGUCUUUACACGAUGUAUAAUGAAGAGAAUCUUAUAGAUAUCAUAUUAAACUGACAAAAGUAAAGGAAGGGAAAAGUCACAAUUACUGUUCUUUGCUUUUUCAGCACCAUGGACAGCGUCAUCGUUCAGCAGGAGAGGACUCUUUAAAGUAGAGACACUACAUACUGAUAUACACCUGAACAUCAGCAGGAGAGGACUCUUUAAAGUAGAGACACUACAUACUGAUA